AUGAGGCGGGAUAAAUGAAGAAGGGGAAGAGAGAGAAAGAAAAGACAAGUCCUCCCUAGCUCGCGUCGCGCAUAUUUUUCUGUUGGGAUUUUCCCUCCUGCCGGGGCUUGGGGGUGCAGGCGCCAUAAAUGUGGGCAAUACAGUCCUGGCGGGUGGGGACCGGCAAGAGGUGCCCUCCUGUGGGGUCUCAUGGUUGUAGUGGGCUACGCGAACAAGGCGCUUGGGAACAGUUAAUUGCAUUUCGAGAUUUAAGCUGGUGUCGGUUGAGCAUUUGUGAACUGCAGAGGAAAAGGGCAUGAUUGGGCUUGUUUCCCGGAGGUAGCCCCAUAACACCGGGGCCUCGUCACAGAGGUGUACUGAUGUCACCCCAUGGUGUUGUGAGGGCCUCUGAGGUCAUGCGUGCCUUCUCUAGGCACCCAGUGGGACCCAGUAGAGGGGCUGAGUCGGCAGCUGUGGGAACAAUGAAGAGCAGUGCCUGCGGGUAUGAAAAGGAGCGGCUCAGGCAAAACGUAAAAAUGUGCUAGGAAAAAGAAGGCAGAGGAAAGAAUCCUUUGCGGGCGGGGUUGGUUUUAAAAUUACUGUUUCCUAUAGAGAGACUCAUCUCUGCACUCAGUAGCUUUUGCAGUGCUUUGCAACUUCUUUCCUAAUAAUUCAUUAUUACUAUUGUUGGUAUUCAGAAAAAUUUAGCACUUUCAACAAAAGGUUUACAAAGCAAUUGAAGUAGCAGACAAAUGGUUCCCUGUUCCAAAAGGACUCACAGUCUUAAAGUAAAAUAAAAAUACUAGCAAGAGCUACUGGAAAAAAAUGCUAAGGUUUAAGACUACUGGAAAAAUGCUAAGAAUAGGGCUUUUCUCCCUGCUAAAUGCCUUUUGGAAGGUAUCUUUUGGUCUAUGUAGCUGGGUUAACUGCCUGAAUCUAAAUAAUAGGGAGGAUUAAACAUAUUAAUAAUCUUGCAUGAAGGAAUAAUGUUAUGUCAUUUCACACUAUGAACAGUCAACACUAAGUAUAGCUGUUCCCAAAGAGCCAUUGGCUGCUGUGGGAAGUUUUGCUUAGGCAAAAACUUCAGACUUUUGUAAUUUUGGAUUACAGUAUCUGAAGUUUAAUUCUGUUGCAAUUCAUGCAAUAGUAAGAUGAGAUUCCCCCCCAGUAGUAGAUAGCUAACUGUAGGCAGCCUACAGCUAGUUAGCUAUUUCUCUGUGGGGAAAGAUCUCACUUUUGCAUGCAUGUUGUAGUUUUCUUUCUUUAAAGUGAUAUCGGUUUGUAACUACUCAUAUUUGUUUGUUAGGUAAUAUGACCCUCAAGAACUCAGCAAGCUGUAACACAGAAAGUGAAUGUGAUUGUGAUGUAUAUUCUGGGUAUUGGGAAGAGAUUGUUACACAUGACAAUGAAGGUUUGGUUGAAUCUGACAGUGAAAGUGAUCUCUAUAAUUCCUUUAAUCCCAAAACUCCAUGCAGUUCAUUUGAAAAUGAGAAAAGAAAAAGCAAAUUGAGUGAAACAGAAUUGAUCUCAGAAAAAAGUCAAAACAACUUCAUAGACUGCCCUCUGCUGCAUGCAAAACAAUUAGAGAACACUAGACAAUUUCAGGCAGAAUUGUGUCCAGAAUCUGUACUGCAUUUUGAAUUUAAGGACUGUCCUACAAAUGAACAUCCAUCAAAACCCUGUACAUCCAAAACAUUUUUAUCACUAAUCAUUACUGAGAAGCUGGUAAAAGAACCAACCUUUUAUCCUGCUUUUGAUAAAGCGUGUCAGAGGCAGCCACUACCUGAAUGCCCUCCAGUGUCAAAGCAAAACAAAGCUGUGCAAGUUUCCUUUCCUUAUAGAGAAGCAGAAAUUGAGGAGCAUAGUUUCUGUGACUGUUCUGAACAAUCAGCAAUACCUGUUGAAGUAAACAGAACACCAGUUAGGACAUCUGUUACAUUUCAUAGUACUGAAAGUACUUGCAGUAAAAAUACUACUUCCAGUCAAUUGAUAAAGGAGCAUUUAGAUUCCUCUUCAGAGCCAUCUUAUAAAAUUGACAGUCCCCAGGCAGCUGAGCAAAUAUAUUCAUAUUCCAGUUCAGGAGGACUUGUUAUAUCUCUGAAACUGGAAUCAGCUUCCAUCAAUCCAUCUAGUUCAUUAGCCAGGGAUGUACAUCCUUCAAAUACUAGGGAGGACAAAGAAGAUUCACAGAAGCAUGCAUUACUUCUUAAACUUAAAGACCCUCAACAUAACAGUUUGUUUAAGAAGUUGCGUUUUUCUAUAAUUCCAUGCUCUGUGAGCUUAGAUACAGAAAGUCCAAAGCAGACUCCAUCUUUUACAAAGCAAAAAAGACUUCCACAAAUCCUAGUUGAAGCCAUUCAGCCUUUAACAACUCAUUCAGAAUCAUCUGAAUCCAGUAGUCCAGACUGUCAUACUGACCAAGUGCCCUCUACACUGAAACCUUGGUUUCCCAAACCGGUUUUUCCAUCCUCUGAGCAUACACAUGCAACUAAUUCCUCCUACUUGUUCAUCAGGUCAUUUCCCUGUCGCAAGAAUACAGUUACUUAUAGAACUUCUGAGUUGGAGAGACAUCAACUAAAGGCCUCCAGGCCCACGAAAUCUGUUGUGUUUACCAAGAACAAAGUGCAAAGGAACCAUAAACAUAGAAACAAACGUCAUAUCUCCUCUAAAUAUAAUUGGCCCAGAUCCUGGGAUGUUGAAGCUACACACCAAAAUACUACUUAUCAAGCAGUAAACGAAUCCGAGAUAAAUGAGCUGUAUUUUGUGCCUCUAAAACAGACUACCAGAUGUCACUGCAGCCCAUUGCUUGACUUGACUGUUGACCUGUUUUCUGAAGGAAGGUAUUCUAGUGUUGAGCAGUUCUUAAGUGUCAAAAGAGAGCCCCACAAACAAACUAGAAGUUGCAAAGUAACACCUAGAUUUUCCUUUCAGUAUAUACUGAACGGGAGAAGUAGUUUUGAGAAGCUCCAUUAUAUCUCUCCAAUAAGAAAGAAAAACAGUUUGAAGAUGCAGAACAUACUUAACUCUUGUUUAGGAUGGGCAGGAAGACAAGACAAACAGAAGAGCUAUAACAGUGAAGUUUGUUCUCUGGAUACUUCAAAUACAAGGGGGAAUGGGCUUUUUACCCCACAUUCACCAGCUGAUAGAAAGAGUUCAACUAGCCCACUUCUCCUAAGUUCAAAGAAUAAUCCAAUUCCACCUCCUGCUGCACCUCCCCUUCUAAACGACAGGAAUUAUUUGCCUGAUCACUUUUUGCAAACCGAGAGAAAGACUUGGACUCCUGCAUCACUGAAUUCUGAUUGCAAAUAUAGUGCCCCCUGUUCUUAUUGUGCAAAUAUUGUUAACAUAAUGCAGUUGCCAAAGGAAAGGAAUAUGGUUAAUGCUAUACCUAUGGGAGAACUGGAUUCUGAACCUGCUCAGAUGCUUGUCUCAAAGAAGUUCUCAGUCUGUCCAUGUGGAAAUGUGCCACAAUGUGGUUUGUUCCCUAAUGGAGAUAUUUCUUUGUCAGUUAGAAAGAAAAUUAGAGCAAGUUCCGAUAUUAGCCAGAAAGCCAGUAUGACUGAAUCCAACAAAGUGAAUUACCCUAGAGGAACCCUCGACACAGCAGAAACCUACUGUACCAGUUGCCACCAUCCUCUCCCAACCGGUGCUUUGCACAAUGUAAGUAGACAAGAAACUUCAAAAAACUAUUUCACUAAAACACAGUCCUGCUUUCCCAUGAAGAACCUAAAAGAUGUGGAAGAAAAAAGCAAAGCAGUGAAAACGGAUGAAAGAAAAAGAGUCAGGAUCCCUAUAGGGCCAGGUACUUUACAAGAGAUUUACCCAUCGGGUACACACACUGCAUCACCCACUAAUAGCUGUAGAGUGUCAAAAUAUUUUGUGUAUCAACCUGAAUGCUGCUCUAGUUGUCAGACUGCUGAUAAACAACAUCUUGGAAUAUCAAGGAAGCUUCACAGUGACCUCACCUCAAAACAUGAAGUGCUAGAAAAUUGCCUAAACAGAGAGAGUGUUUUUCUAGCAAACUGUGGUCGGGGAGCUAGAAGUCAGUGCAAAUGUUGUCAAGCAAUUCCUCUCUUCUGCAUAUAUCAAACUGAUACAUCUAAAGGAAAUAGAGCUGCAUUUUCCAAGAGAGAGGAAACUGACCUUACUCAGGUCUGAGAAUCAGUGAUGGCUAGAUGAUUUUUAAAAAUGGCAGACAUGGUAAGCAUUUGGCACGUGUUUGCUACAAGAGAUGAACGAGAGCAACUGUGACAUUAUCUAUGUUUGCUAAAAAUAGCAUCCAGCAAAGUUUAAAGAAAAGUGCAUUAUGCUUGUUAACCUCUCCUUGUGUCUGCUGCUGAACCUUCAAAGACAGGCUUUAUGGCAUUAGGAUGUAGCGUCCCCUUUCAAGGGCUGCCCAGCACACAGACAAUUGAAACUCAAUACACUGUCAGCAACAAAAGAGGCAGAAUAAAUAGUAAUGUCAUGGCCUUUCUUCCCUAAUCACCAGAGAUCAAGGCAGUAGUGUGAAUGUUGUCCCCAUCAGUGUUUGAGUUAUGUGAGAAAAGGAAAGGUAUACUCAUACAAACACACACACUCAUCCGAGAAUCCUAUUAAGAUGCAUCAUGCAGGGGGUCUUCAGAAUGCAGAUACAUUGGCAGUAUGAAGCUUGUCAAUUCCCACACACACUUGAUGCACAUGUUUACGGCAGUAUACUCAGAGGCCUCUUUGCAUGUUCAGGAAACCUGGAUGAAUAGGAUUCCAUGAUACACAGAGAAGAGCUCUCUGCACAUAUGGCUAUAAUGGGGUGUGUGUGUGUGUGUGUGUUUAGACAGCACAAUUAUUUGCUGCUGUGAUGGCAUCACUUCCCCUACAUUUGCAUGUAUGAAUACAAACUCAGAUCAAACCUUCACAACGCAAUGCUCCAUGGAGUCAAUUCACAGAUCCAGCUGCAAAUCAUUUUGUGCUAACCAAAUAAUGUGUGUGUGUGUGUGUGUGUGUGUGUAUAGAUAGAUAGAUAUGAGAGAGAGAGAGAGAGAGAAUUGGCCUUCAGGGGUUGUAUCCAAAGACAGUUAGUUGGAUGACAUAGUGCACAACAUUGCGCAUGGGGUGGAAUAUAAAGUUUGCGCAGUUGUGCAAGAGUGCUGUGCACAAAUGCAAAAAUUCUGCAAAUGGAGUCACCUGGUGGUGCAGUCAUGUAUAAUGGCUGCCCUGUUGUGCAACUCCAUUUACACAAUUUUUGUCCUUUCGCCACAGAGCUUGUGUGUAACUGCACAAACAUGACCUUCCACCAGGUGCAUAACAUUGUGCAGUAUGUUAGCCACUCCUGACAAAGUCUCAUUGAAAUUAUUGGGCUUAUCUAAUAGAAGCUUGGGCAUGACUGACUUUCUUCAGCUAUAACCCUCUGUCUCCACACUUUUCUAGCCUUUUGUAUUUUAAUGAGAACACCUAACCCCUGUUAACUUGGCAGAGAGGCACCUUUUAACAUGGUGAUUCUCUUUAUUGAGCAGGGGGAGAGUAACCGGUCCUAUCCACCCCCAGCACAGUACCUCCAGUGACUGUUGCUGGUGUCUAUCUUAUGUUUCUUUUAGAUUGUGAGCCCUUUGGGGACAGGGAUCCAUCUUAUUUAUUUAUUAUUUCUCUGUGUAAACCGCCCUGAGCCAUUUUUGGAAGGGCGGUAUAGAAAUCGAAUUAACAAACAAACAACCUCUCACUCUCCAAAGAGAUAUGCCAUUGCUCCAUGGAACAUUCAAAUGCAAUUUCAAAGCAUGUUGACAUACAUUUCCAGAUGCUUUCAAAAGUUACAACGUAGCUACAGGUUGAAGCAAUUACAUCCCAGAAGUGUUCUAUGAUCGCUUUCAGAUUGUUGUACUAUUUACAGUAAAUGUUGUGAGUAGUCCUGGGAAAAUGUAUUAAAGUAUAGGAUACAGGCUGAUAGCAUAAAUCAACAAAAUGGUCAUCUCCUAAAGCAGACAAGCUUUUACAGUUUAAUUGUAACCACUAGGUAUUUCUCCUGAAAUGCAUUAAAAUGGGCACUUCAUCUGAAACGAUGAUCUCAUGCUUAGCAGCAGCUAAAUAAAAAGAAAACAAUUGUGCUAUUUUUGCAGAAGAGAUUUCAUAUCAGUCCAAUGCUAUAGUGUUCUGGAUCUUUAUUUGGUCUGAAUGCAAAAGAAUAACAACAGCUACAAUCUCCUGCAUUCAAAAUCUCCUCCACAUAAAUGCCAGUUUGUGGCAGGGCAUUACAAACAAACAAACAAACAAACAAACAAAUGCUAUUGUCUCCAGGCAUUAUUAGAAUAUUGAAAUGUGAUGGUAAAGCCAGCAAAGCUAAACCCCAUAAUGCAUGCAUCUAUUGUUUGAAGUACAGGACAAUUGGAGGGUGUUCUGGCAUGCUAAAAAUAGAAAGGCAGCUGGUGCUGUCCAUUUCACAGUAACUGAGAAUAAAACAAUGCUCAAGUAUUGUCUGCA